CGUUUCGCUGGUUGCCGACGUCCCUUCGAAUCUGAAAGAGCUAAAAGGCCUAACCUUCCCUGUGCCUACUGCAGAGAUAUCAGACCCUGCAGGAUCUUCUUGUACACCAUCAAGGACCAGUCCAGCCAUCUUCCUGCUCGCACGAUCAACAUGACGAACGCGACCGCCAAAGUCUCCGGCAAUGUCAUUGCCUCGACCGAUAAGUACGAGACAGUCGAGGGCAACAUUUACUUCCCGUCGGAUUCCAUCAACAAGUCCUUCUUCAGCCCUUCAAACACCCGUACAUCUUGUCCGUGGAAGGGAAUAGCGAGUUACUACGAUAUUACGGUUGAUGGCAACACUUUGAAAGAUGCUGCGUGGUACUACCCGACCCCGAAAGAGAAGGCUACCAACAUCAAAGAUCAUGUGGCCUUUUACAAGACUAAAGUCGAUGUCUCAACUGCAUGAUUCACCGCUAGGCAAAAGCCCUUUGUAAACCAGGUCGUCUUCUGAGAAGAUAUAAGCGGCUUCUGAGGUGGCAUUUCCCAGACUCCCUAGCUAGUCCUGAGCAAGAGCGCUCAACAAUACGUUGCAUGAUUCAUUGCUCUCAAAAUCUCAUGCAGCU